AGUAAGACAUGAGCGGUGAUUACCAUAAAUAAAUAUUUUCAAAAUAAUUAACUCGAUAACUUAAAAUUGUAAAUAAUUGGUUACGAACGGGCAUUGAUAGCAGAAUCCCUCGGCGCACACAAUUCAAAUGAUACAAUUGCAAUUAGUAAACCUUACGCAAAUAUUUGAAGACGAAGAUUAUGGAACGCAAUUAAGCAGAGAUAAACUGUUGUUACCGAAAACAUGUUAAUAGUGCUGUGACCAGGAACUGAGACAUUUCUCCAUUUCGUGCAAUUUAAAAGGACUAUGCGUAUUUGAACUAAAUUAGAACCAUGUCUGAUUGGAAGUUACCUGAAUAUACAUUACACGUGCCUGCUCAAAACGAGCUGAUGGUUGCGCCUAAAAAUAAAGAAUUCGGAGAAACGCAGAGCAGUGAUGACAUUUAUUUCAAUUUAAAUAACGUACAUAGUGGCGAUUUGCAAAAGGUUCUUUGUAACUUAGCGGGUUCAGAAAUUCAUAUAAGCACGGGUUUGCAAAAGAUCAAAUUUAACAAGCAAUACCACAGCUCUGAUUAUUUGCUGUAUAGAGCUUUGGAAGACAGGCGGAAUGUAACUCAAUCUUUCGAGUAUACUAAAUCAGAUGGUGAUACCAAUGAUACAAUUUAUAGGUUUGAAGUAGCUUCGAAUUCCGGGAUUAAUAAUAACGUGAUUAUGAGAAAAACGGAAAGGCGGAAACCUAUUAUGGGAAGAAGCGCUCUUAUAGCUAAACAUAACAAGCAUAUGUCUUGUCAUGUGGAAGAUUCGCGGAUUGUGCAAGAGAUGGUAACUGAAAGGUUCAACGAUGUAUUGGAUAGUUACUUUCAAAAAUGUGCUAGUAAGCAACAGCUCAAUUCGCUCAGGAACAACGACGAAGAUCCAACAUUCGAUGAAAAUUUGAUAAAGCACAGCAGCACCAUUGAAGAUAAUUCACAACCGACGGAUGCUUACAGCACGGGUAGUUUGGAAAGAUACAUGCAUAAAUCAAUAAGUUCAUCUUGCUACGAGGAUGCGAACGAGGAAUUGCUGGAAACCAGAAGCAACGAUAGUCAAACUAUUUCUAGUAUUUCUAGCACCUGCGAUACGGAUGAUGAACAAGCAGAAGUCGAUGUCCAUGCUGACGAUUUUGAAUCUGAUGAUGUCAUUAGGAUGGGGAGUCUCGAUUGUUCUGGUGUUAGCGAAUUAACCGUAUCUAUAAACACUGAUAACAAUUCCGUAGGAACCUCGAAUGUUUCGACUCUGUUGUCGGAAGCAGCUGACUCUGAGAGCUUUUUAAACACUUCAGAUAUGCAGGAUGAAAUUAGCGAGACUUCUAUGUCGUUGCACGAAAAGAUAAGCAACUUGAGUUUGGAGAGCAACAUUCAAAACCAAAUUAUGAUACAAACAUCGAAAGCCUUACUUUAUUGCAAAAGUAUUAAGGAGUUCGCUGCUAGUUUGGAGGAAGUCGAAGCGCAUCGCAUUCUGCUAAUAUCAACUUUAAAACGAGACUUGAUUAACGAAGAACUAAAUCGACUCGUGAGCUUGGAAAAUGAAGAAGUGAAAGAUGACUGCUAUGGACACGUUGAUAUAAGCAAUGUAUCGGUGUCCAUACAAAGUAACGUGAAGAACAACAAAGAUCAAUGCCAGUGGUAUAUUUGCGUAUUAUUUAGUGGAUUUGAGGUGCUUUCGACCAAAAUUGUUGCUGCGGAUGAUAGCAAUAUUAUAACAUUCAAAGAAAAAUUUAGCUUUGAGCAUUUGCCAGCAAAUUUUGAAGUUAACAUCGAAAUAUUCUCGCUGUCUUUCAAAAAUAAUAGCAAACAAACGCUGUGUAUAUCUCCGCAGAAUCUUCUGAAAGGCAGAAAAAAGUCGAGGAGGACUAUAACAGUUGAUACAUUCCAGACGUCCGCAUUCAAGAUGAUUGGAAAAUCCGUGAUAACCAUAAAUAAUUUAAAGAAUGACGGACAAUUUAAGCUGUACAACGCGAGCAGCGCAAUUAAAGACACGUUAAGCUUGAGCCUAACAAGUGGGGUUGUGCUAAACGAAUCGUUUUGUGGUUUCCUGAACGUCGGAGCGAAGCCAAAUAAAUUGCUGAUUUGGAACCGUCGAUGGUGCAAGCUGCAGGGUUCGCGUUUCCUGUCGUUCAACUUUCCGGAACAAAUGGAACCGGUCUUGAAUAUAGACUUGAGCUACUGCGUUAAUUCGGUGAUAGCCGUUGCCAAACGGCAAAUCUGCGCACGGUCAAACACUUUGCUCGUAGAAACCCUGUCCACUGAAUCAACAUCUGCAGAUGGUUCGAAUAUUCGCAGAUACUUUUUGUCCGCAGAUAAUGUGGAUUUGAUGAAGAAGUGGGAGGCGAAGCUUAACAAUGUACUAAUUGCUCUGAGGAAUUGGAAAUCGAUGAAUUGCUGAUCAAUUUCAUAGUCAAAUACUGUUGAUUUCGAUCAUCUUCAUGAUGUAUAUAUAAUGAUUAUUAUUUUUAUAUAAAAUGACUAUGUAAAAAAUACCGUACUAUGUUCAUUGGUAACAUAUUAUUUUUUAUUUGUAUAUUUAGUUCAAAUGUCCUUUUAUUA